CACUGCCCAGCUCGAGUGUCACUGCCACUUCUGCCACCGUGCCAUCGCCUGAAGCCAAAGCUACUGCCACUGCUCCCUCCUCUGCUCCAAGCCACCUGGCUCCUGCUGCCAGAGAGUCGUCAUGGUCUUCUGGAAGUUCCCCCCCUUCCUGGUCCUCAGCAUCCUGGUCUUGUACCAGGCAGGCGUGCUCCACUCAUCGCCAUUCAGGUUGGCUUUUGAUAGUCAUUUUGAUCCUGCUACACUCAAUGAGGAGGAAUUCCGCCUCCUACUGGCUGCAAUGGUGAAUGACUAUGAGCAGAUGAGGGCCCGUGAGCUGGAGAAGGAGCAGAAGACACGGGGCUCCAGCAUCACUGCCCGGAAGAGAGCCUGCAACACUGCAACCUGCACGACCCAUCGGCUGGCAGGCUUGCUGAGCAGAUCUGGGAGCAUGGUGAAGAGCAACAUGUUGCCCACCAAGAUGGGCUUCAAAGUCUUUGGUGGCCGUCGCAGGAACUUUUGGAUCUGAGCAGCGAAAUGAUUCUAGGAAGAAGGUCGCUAUGAAGCUGAACUCUACUUCUUUUAGUUUGCAAUGAAAGCAACUUACAAAAAAAAUAGCCUAGAAGACACCCAUGUAUGCAUGCUUCUUGACAUUGAAAACACUUCUUUUGUUUGAAAUAAACUAAAUGCAGAAUAAAAUCAUUGCA